AUGCUAAGCGCUGCUGAGGAUAUCAUCGACAAAGAGCACUCGAAAAAUAAAACUUCUGAUGAGAAAAAUUGUCCAUCAGAAAGUGGAACACGACAUUGUGAUGGUCGAAUCUCGACAGGAACUGUCCUUUUGGCUGAUAUUCUUCCCAAUCUCAUUGUGAAGAUUCUUGUGAUGUUUUUUGGACAAAAUGCAAGACAUGGAAUCCGUCACUUUUUCGUCGUCUCUCUGCAAGCUGUCGCUGUGAGCGUUGUAGCGAUUUCCGAGAAUUACUACAUCACACUUUCUGGUGUUGUAUUAUCUUCGAUUUCUUGCGGCAUUGGUGAAUCGACUCUUGUCUCCUACUCUUCUCAUUUCCCUCAUUCAACCACUGUAGCUUUUACAUCGGGACAAGGAACUUCAGGGGUUCUUGGUUCAUUCAUCUACGCGGCUCUCACCGAACCACAUCUCGCAAAUCUUUCUCUAAAAGCAACUUUUCUCAUAAUGUUGAUAGUCCCUUGCAUUUAUGGUGCUACAUUUUGGUUAAUCCUUGAUCAUCCAGGCAAUCUUUGGUUCAUUUUCAAAAACAAAGAAAAGACUUUCGAUUAUUCAAAAGCUGAAAGAAUUGUGGAAAAAAGACAAACAACAUUAGUGGAAAAAAUGAGGCUGAUACAGCCAUUAAUUCAUUUCAUUUUCCCGAUGGUGAUUGUUUAUUUGGCUGAGUACACGAUAAAUCAAGGCUUUAUUCAAUUAAUUGUUUUUAAAUGCGCAAACGCGUUUCAUUUAUCGAAAAAGAGUCAAUAUAGAUGGUUUCAGGUAAUCUAUCGAACGGGCACUUUCAUCUCAAAAUCCUCGCUGAUCCUUGUGAAUUUUCCAAUUUGGAUGCUUUACGUGUUUCCAUUUUUGCAGAUUGGAAACGCUUUGUUUUUCUAUUUCGAGGCGUUGAAAGCCUUUCUGCCGCAUAUUUCUAUAGCUUUUGUGGUGAUUCUCGUAGCCGGGCUUUUCGGAGGAUCAAGUCUUGUGAAAACGCUUAAUCAUAUUCAUAAAACGAUUCCUACCGAUAUUCGCGAGUUUUCCCUCGCCGUCAUUACCACCGCUGACACAAUUGGAAUUGUGAUGGCUGCUUUUACAGCUAUUUGGUUGCAUAAUGUUAUUUGUGAUCAAUUGGGA